UCCAUCAAUCGUGUUGUCAAAUCGAGUAGCCUAAAUCCAGUUUAUAAGUGUUCCGCUGGGCGAUAGAAGUUUGGUCGUUAAAUUUGAGAGAACGCUCCAUCAGAAUGGGGUCGGCUUCAGUGUUUGGGUUGUUUGUAUGCACAUCGUACAUCGGCCUGAGCUGCAUGCUGGCCUUUUGGCUGCGGAAGGUGUUGGGCAGAUUCCUGCCCGGCUGCUCACUGCCCAAGCUCAUGCUACAGGAAGCCAUUGCUGCGGCCGAGCUAUGCGCCUGUUGCUUCGAGUUGAUCAUUGUGGCCGAUAAUUAUGGCAUCUGGGCAUAUGCGGUGUACCUGUUUGCGUUGACAAUAUGGUGGUCACUGAGUUGGGAGGACGCGACCGCUUGCCCGUACACGCACCUCGAGGAGGUGGUCGAGGGAAAACUGGACGUGAGACACGCUGCACUCAAAAUUUGGGCUGAACUCUCCGGAGGCCUGGUUGUCUACAAAUAUGUCAUGACACUAUGGAGCUUGGAGAUCGCUUCUGUUCACAGAUCCAGAGCAUAUGAAGAAUGCACUGCUGAUCUACAAGUGAACUUCAUGUUGGGUGCAUUGAUUGAGGCGGCAGCAACAUGCCUAUGCAGGCUCUUCUCAAGAUUUAUUGGAGAAUGGAACCCAAGAUUUGGCGUUGCUCUCGAUUCUUUCAUUGGGACUUCACUGGUAGUAGCUGCUUUCAACUAUUCAGGCGGCUACUUCAAUCCAGUGCUUGCAACAGCUCUGAAGUACGGGUGCCAAGGAAACACGAACGCUGAGCACAUUAUCGUCUAUUGGGUGGGAGCUUGUUCCGGAUCAAUUCUGUCUGUAUUCCUCUAUCAACAACCAUUUUUCCAAGCUUUGGCAACCAAAGUCAAAUCAGAUUAAUGAGUCAUUUCCAUUUUGAUUGGAUUUUCUUUCAUGAUAUUGUUAUUCAAAUAGGCUAGGUACCGUACUCUGAAGUAGGAAUUCAGGGAAUGAGAUUCAAUAAACAUGAAAAUAAAAAAUGAUUUACUUUAAACCGAUUAAUGAUGCAUGAGGAAAAUUAUCACCUACCCUACAUCAUUUAUGUGUAAUUUGGAAAUACUAUUAGUAUAGAUUUUCAUCAUUGACUAUGAUUAUCUCUUGAUAUUCACUGACCUUUUCUUGAUCAUAAAGAACUAGUAAAUUUCUUUUGUAGCUUUAGUAUAGAGGAGCCAUUCUGCAUAUUGUGUUCAUUUUUCUUUAGCUUCUCCAGGGAUAACCAGCUACUGAAUGUUUCCUGUUAAACUGUUAUUUCCAUUAUAACUUUGAUAGUAUCUAUACAACUGCGAAGAUAUAAUGUAUGGAACCUGGAUAUUGUGUUCAUCAUAAGUGAUAAAAAUCAAUGAUUGAAAUUUUAAUUUAACAAAGAUGUUUUUCAAGGACUGUAUUUUCACCAAUAUAAAUUGACUUCAUCAAAUUGAA